AUGGGUGUUUUAAGAAGCAUAAGAUUAUUGGUCUGGGGUGAAGCUCCUACCAAUCCUGUUGAAGCCAAGUUAUUAUUCAAGAUGGAUUGGUUCAUUUUAUCUUUCAUCUGUUUAGUCUACUGGUCUAAUUAUCUUAAUAGAGCUAACUUUGCUAGUGCUUAUACUUCAGGUCUUAGAGAGUAUGCCGAAUUAAAAGGUAAUGAAUUCAAUAAGAUCAAUACUUUAUUCACUGUUGGUUAUGUUGUAGGAUUAAUUCCUAAUAAUUUGAUCUUAUUAAAAGUCAAAGCUAAUUAUUGGAUGAGUUUUUGUUGUCUUUGUUGGGGUUUGAUGACUUUAGGGUUAUUCAAAUCAUCCCAUUAUUAUCAAUUUUGUAUUAUUAGAUUUUUCCAAGGUAUUUUUGAAAGUGUUACUUUCACUGGGCUGCAUUUAUUAUUGUCAAGAUGGUAUACUGAAACUGAAAUCACCAAAAGAAGUGCUAUCUUCACUUCAAGUGGUUUGAUUGGUAACAUGUUCUCAUCUUUCAUGCAAGCUGCUAUUCAUACCAAUAUGGAUGGUAAACAAGGACUUCAUGGAUUCCAAUGGUUGUUCAUUAUUGAUUUUGUUAUUACUGUUCCUAUUGCUCUUUAUGGGUUCUUGUUCUUCCCAAACACUCCAGAAACUUGUACUGCAAGAUAUUUCACUACUGAAGAACUUGAAUUAGCUAAAAAGAGAGUUGUUCCACCAGAACAUACUAAAAUCGAUUUAUCUUUAAUUAAAAGAGUUUUAGGUAGAUGGCAUUUCUGGUGUUUAUCAAUGUUAUGGGUUUGGUUCGGUGAAAAUGAAAGUUUUGGUACUAAUUCCUUAUUAGCCCUUUACUUAACUUAUUUUGAUUAUAGUAUUACUCAUAGAAAUACUUAUAUCUUAGGUCUUUACGGUGUAGGUAUUAUUUCAACCUUCCUUUGUGGUUUAUACGUUGAUGGUACUGGUGCAAGAUAUCAUUAUAGAGUAGGUAUCUACAUUUGUAUUGUAUUAUUAAUUUCAGCUAUAAUGAUUUUAGUUAACCCAUUAAAUCAUUCUGUUGCUAUGGCAGCUUAUUAUUUAUCAGGAGUUUCAUAUUCAGGUCAAGCCACUUUCUUUGCUUGGGCCAAUAUUAUUUGUGCUGAUGAUUUACCUGAAAGAGCUGUUGUGUUAGCUUCAAUGAAUAUGUUCUCAAAUGCUGUUAAUGCUUGGUGGAGUUUACUUUUCUAUGGUGCUGAUACUGCUCCUAAAUUUAGAAAAGGUGCUAUUGCUAUGAUUUGCACAGUAUUUGCUGGUCUUGCUGUUGCUUUGUUAACAAGAUACUUACAAUUAAGAGAUGAGAAAAAAGUCAUCACUGAAGAAGGUUCAAUUGAAUCCACUAAUGUUUCAGUCGAUAAGAACGCUGUAGAAUUUAAAACUAAUGAAGUUUCAAGUGAAACCUAA